AUGUUCUUCAGCCAAGUACGGCACUGCAGCGACGGAUUUUCCAUCCUGGUCUCUCGUCAUCCUGGCUCUUAUCGAAGCACCCGUACGAAAAUAUCAGCACAAGGGAAACCGUGUAGCUGGAUAAAUGACAUCUGGAUGGACAUGGCGCAACAUUCUUCUCCAAACCAGAACUCUCUUUCUCUCACAGUCACAGAUCAUGCCAUUGAAAGCAAUGAAGUCGAUUCCAAAUGUGAUAGCAAUCAAAAUGGGAUGGAUGGGAAGGAUGACCUGAAAGUGCUGACAGGAGAUUCUGGUUUGGCCCCUGGUCAGCAUUACUUGAUUGUCACAAGGGACACAGCAGCUGCCCUUGGUGUAGGAACUCUAGAAGAUGAUGGAACUACUGAAUCUGGUUCCAAAAGACUUCGACUUUCAGGUGAUGAUGGCCAGACCUAUGUCUUUACUGUUACAGGCAAUGUAUUUAUUCCUUCAGCAGAACCAUCACCCAAUAUACAAGGAGACCACAAAGUGACCGAGGCUUCUAAGCUGCAGGCAGCAACAACAGCAACAAGUAGCACUCAAAGUCGCAGUUCUGGCCGAUGCUCAAACAACGACACAUUUGUCACACAAGCUUGGUUUACUACAAGGAAUGACAAAACUGCUUUGCAAAAUAAAGGGCAUUCUUGGGUUCAAGGGCAGUGGACCAAAGAUGAAAUAGAAUUAUUGCAAGCCAACAUUAAUAGUUAUUGUAAGGACAACAAUAUCAAUGACCCAACUGAAAUAAUAUUUGAAAUGUCUAAAGAUGAGAGGAAAGACUUUUACCGAACAGUUGCCAAGGGACUAAACCGUCCUCUGUUCUCUGUGUACAGACGAGUGAUACGAAUGUAUGACCAAAAGAAUUAUGUUGGCAAGUACAGUCAGGAUGAAAUGAUUAAACUUAGAGAGUUGCAGUCAAAACAUGGCACUGACUGGGCGGCUAUUGGUGCUGUGUUGGGACGAAGUGCAUCUUCUGUGAAGGACAAGUGUCGACUGAUGAAGGAUACAUGUAACUCAGGAAAAUGGCUUCCUGAAGAAGAAUGUCGCUUGACAGAUGCUGUGUGUGAGUUGACAGGAGCCCAACCUGGAGAGAAUAUAACUCAUGGUUUAUCAUGGGCAGCAGUAGCUGAAAGGGUGGGAACACGGUCAGAGAAACAAUGUCGAACAAAGUGGUUAAACUACCUCAAUUGGAAACAGCAAGGAGGAGCAGAGUGGACCAGAGAAGAUGAUAUCAAUUUAAUAUUAAAAAUGUCAUCUUCAGGAGCUACUGAUGAGACACAAUUAGAUUGGAAUGAAUUAGCAAAAGACUGGCCAAGUGUCCGUUCUCCUCAGUGGUUACGAGGAAAAUGGUGGUCUUUGAAGCGACAUGUUGCUGACUAUCAACUGUUAUCAUUUACAGCACUUGUUGAUUAUUUGAAAGUGAUUCAUCUCAAAAAUGUUCGAUUGAAGAAUCCAGUGAAUAACAAUCUUCGAGUAGCCAAAGUAGACCUCCCUCGGACAAAUGCUAUUAGCGCGGACAUUCCCUACCCUACUUCACUUCCAAUUGCAAACUCAAGUACAAUUAGUCAAGUUGACAGUAAUGAUGUGAGUAGUGAGGGAGCCCUGCAUACCUAUGAAGUCCUCCAACAGUUAGCACCUACCAGUUCCAGUGCCUUCCUUAUAACGCAGCCCCAGAACAAUCCAGCCAUAUCUCUGACAGGCAGCAUGACCACAGACCAUAUCAUUGUGCAUACACUACCAGUUUCUCAGUCAUCAAGUCCUGGGUCUAAAGUGAAUGAGAAUGUCACUGUGCAAAUCAACCCUCAACCUCAAGUUAUAAUUGGUUCUGGUGAUGGUUCCGACACAGUGAUCUCCCUUGAUAACUCCGCGAUUGACCACAGUGUGCCUCUAGCAGACAAUAUCAGCCAUUCGGAUUCUGAUAUCCAUUGUCUAUCUCAGUCAGAUCAAGAUGCUUGUGAAAUUGGACAAUCAGAACUUGAUGCUCAGGACCAGAUUUCUAAUCAAAAUGAUCUUCCUCUAAAUCCAAAUAACCUUGAUUCUAGUAUCAGCCAUUCUGAAAUGGAAAACACGUCAGCAGAAUCAGAUUUAGUGAUGGUCACUUCUGCAUCUUCCCACUAUGUACAGUCAAGCACCACAAAGCAAGAGCUUAUGUCACUUCCAGUUGAAAUUUUAACAACAGAUGGAGAAAAAGUAUUAUCCAGUGAUUUAACAAACAAUGUCCUCCCAGAAGAUAACAGCAGUGGUCUUUGA